AUACUCACUAAGCGGAAGGUUAAGUCAGGUCAACUUGUGGAGCCGUGUCAUGACCCAAGAGGAAAUUCUGGACAUGGCUAAUUGCAAGGUCAAUCCCGAGGGUGACGUCAUCAGCUGGUCUGGUCGAUGGGUGACGCACAACUUGGAAAGAAAGGAAGUGGCACUAAAAGACCUUUGCAGAUCAAUAUCCCGAGGCCGCUCGACCGUACCUUUACCAACGCUCAGAUACCACCACGCUGUCCAACUGUGUAAAGGUCUCAAGGGUUUCAUUACUACACCUACCAAUCGUCAGGAUCUGUUGGAUGAGCUGGUGCCCUUUGAGAAUAUGGGAGACACGGGAGCUGUGCCAAAGCAUUUGGCAGAGAACCGCAUUAGAGGCUUCUGA